AUGGCAGUCGCAGCGCAGGACGCUGCUGCCGCCCUGGCGCCGCUGGUUCGAGCGGCAGCCGAAGGCGCGGCAGCGGGAGGCGCUGCGAGGCACGGCAUCGCGGCCGCCGUGGCCGCCGCGGCACGCGUCGGUGCUGAGCUGAUCGGGGGCUGGGCUGCAGAUGGAGCUGGCGAUGAGGACGCCGAGCUUGCCCUGCGGCUUCGGGCCAUCCGGCCAGCCCUGGCGCGCCUGGUCCGCGGCGAGAGGGCUUCGGGCGCCGAGCGGGCGACUCGGAACCUCGGGGCCCGCGCCUUCCUCGGUGAAGGCGCCGAGGUCCUCGAGGCCACGCUCGAGCGGCCGCAGGCCAGCCAGCGCCGCGGGCGGUCUGGCGCCCUCGCCCCAACGGAUCUGGGGGCUCUCAGCCGUCCUCUCCCUGAGGAGGGAUGGCGACCCAGCCUGGAGGCGAGGCGCCGCAGCAUGGCGCCGCCCAUGGACGAGUGCGGCUACAACGGCGAUGCGAAGAACGACGAUGACGGGCAUCAGCAUCACGUGGAUGAGCAACAGCACGCGCAGCUGCACAACCAGUACGAAAUCAAGUACGGCGUCGGCGACGACGAGCUCGAAGGCUACGACGGCGAUCGCGGGCCUGAUGGGGUCAGAUUCGAGUCCAAGCCCAAGCUCGGGGGCGAGAACGGUCUCGGCUCGGGCGAGGUGCAGGCGCCCCUCGGCACCCAGCACGACGAGCCGAGCGAUGUGCAGGACGAGGGCGAGGACGAGGAGUGCACGGACGUGAGCCUGGGCGCUGCGUUGGCAGCCGAGCCCGCCACGUGCACAACAUGGAAAACGGCCGCGAGGCGAGGGAGAGCCGAGACCCGCGGCGCUGGCUUCGUCUUCUCUGAUCGUGUGCGGGCGGCGCCUGAGGCGGUUCCUCCGCCCCUCGCCUCUGGCGCGCAGUGGUGGCAGUGGAGGCUCGAGGAGCUCGGGCGGGAAGGCGGCCCGAAAGCUCCCAGCGCCUGCCCGCCGACCACGGUGGUGAAGGAGGUCGAGUGCGAGAGGGACUCGGCCGAUGCGAACGAGUACGACCUGCACGACUGGCCCCAACAGCACGUCAACGCACGGCAGCCCGUCGCACAGGCGAAAGGCAAUGGCUUCCUCGCAGUGCCCGAGCAGGAGGAGCCUGAGAGAAGCCCACCCGAUGAGGACGGUGAUGAGCAUCAUGAUGAUAAGGCUGAAAAUUAUGAGCCUCUUGGUAGCGACCCGUCGGAGUACGCUGUCAAGCACCACGAGCGCAUGCAGCCAGUCGUUGCACAGCAGGACAUCCAGGAGAAGGUUGGGAUCGGCUCUGCGGGCCCCAAGAGGGAGGUACACGUCGAGGAGGAGUGUACGUUCAGGGCGGACUCCCUGUGGGGCCAGGAACAGGAGUCGGAGGCAAAGGACAUGGUUGCAUCGGAGCCCGCUCUCGCCGAGACGCCGAUGCGCGAAUACACCAAGGCGGUCUCCGAGCAGCAAUCCGACGUCAACCAGCAGUGCGACUCCGAGCAGCCCGAGGAGCAGCAGCAGUUCCCUUCGGAGCGGGCGGAGCUCGUAGUGCUGUGGGCCAGGUACAAUGGGCUGAUGGCUGGGGCUCGCGCCGUCUUGGGCGCCAAGCUGCACGCAGCCCGCGAGGCGCGCGACAGGCGCUGA